AUGUACUCUCCCAAGAAAACAAAAAACCUCUCUAGCAAUACACACCAAAAUGAGCAUGUGCAGAGUGUCUCCGCUAUAUGUCUUAUCAUCAGGAGAUAAGAGGGGGACACUGAAAGAAGGGGAGGAUCAGGGAAGUCAGGAUCAAACAGCAUUUUUAAACAAUGCAGAGGAUAACCCCUUAGGUUCUACAGUGAGUAUAACAAGCAUGCUUUACUGCCAGGGGCGGACUGACAACUCAUGGGACCCCCGGGCAAUAGGGGAUCAUGGGGCCCCUGUAUCCUUGCCCAAACUCAAAAAAGCCUAU